AGGCUACAUACUGUGUAAUUGCUCUAUCAUAUAAACGGUGUUCCAUAAUUUCACAUAAUCAUGGAUGUUAUCAACCCGAUGUGUAAAUAACACACUUUGUAUGGUAAACAUUCAUGUAGAUGCCCCUGAUUUUUCUCGCUUACAAUCUCUAAUUUAUACAUUGUAAGGUUUUGAAAGACAUCACUCCGUCUUGGAUUUUGAAGGGAAUCUAGAGGAGCAUUUUGAAGGGAAUCUAAAGGAGCAUGACGACAAAAGGACUAGCCGAACGCCUUAAAGAUGGUGAAAACAUCAUCAUCGCAGAGGGAUAUAUGUGGGAAUUCGAGCGUAGAGGUUAUUUGAAGAGCGGCGGUUUUGUACCGGAAGUCGUCUUAGAAAACCCAGAAAUGGUCAAAGCAAUGCAUCGCGAAUAUGUCCACGCAGGAAGUGACGUUGUAGAAGCAUUUACGUAUUAUGCUCAUCGUGAGAAGUUGCGAUCCAUUGGAAGAGAAGAUGAUCUUGAAAGAAUGAACAAGGCCGCUCUUCGUAUGGCACGUGAGGUUGCAGACGAAACUGGUACACUUAUGGCGGGAAAUAUAAACGGAACUGGUGUUUACAGCGUCGAUGACAAAGAUUCUCAUACUUACGCAAGAGACAUGUUCACUGAACAGGUGCAAUGGGCCAUUGACGGUGGGUGUGACUAUAUCAUUGCAGAAACGUUCUGUUACCUUGGUGAAGCUUUGAUAGCUCUUGACGUCAUCAAAAAAGCAGGCGUCCCUGCCGUCAUGACCUUGACCCCUUACGUUCCCGACAUAACCCUUGAUGAUAUACCAUUCCCGAAAGCUUGCCGCACUUUAGAAGAGGAAGGUGCCGCGGUAGUAGGCUUAAAUUGCUCCAGAGGACCAGAUACCAUGUUGCCCUUAUUACGGAAGAUAAGAAAAGCUUGUAAGGGACCGAUUGCUGCCCUGCCUGUUCCAUUUAGAACCACUGAGAAAUAUCCGACUUUUAUGUCAUUCCGAGAAUCGGACACUGAUCGCCAUCUGUACCCACUUGACCUUACAUGUUGUUUGUGCAAUAGAAGUGACGUCAAACGAUUCGCCGAGGAAGCGAAAGAUAUCGGCGUCCAAUAUAUCGGACUGUGCUGCGGGAACGCUGCAAACAUGUUACGCGAGGUGGCGCAGGUUUACGGCCGGGAGCCGCCCUCGUGCGCAUACUCGCCGGACAUCUCUCUUAAUAUUCUAAUCGGUGAAACAGGCGAGAAAAUUAAUAAAGCUCAUUCAAAGGUUAGAAAAUUCUCUAUAGGAGAUUUUACAUUGAGUGAACUAAAGCAAUUAAACCUGCAAGCUCACCAUGAAACAGAAGAGGAACAUAAAGACACUGACAAUUGAACAAAAGAAAAAGCAAUAAUAUUUCCCCUUUCAUGUAACUGAUUUCUGUAGAGGGGUUUACUUCUCAAAAGGACAGACAUUUUGUUGUACAUGCAGUUCUAAAUUUCACAUUAUGGUAUUAUAAGUUUAAUUUACCCUAUCAGUAAGGAUAUAACUUCAUACACGAAUGACGUAUUUUGUCCUAUUUAAGUUGAUGGUCAAUAUCAAUGACGUUUAAAAUUACGUCACAUGAACGGACAUUUCUUGACAUUUGAUACAAUUGCACAGUAUAUUGAGGAUAUUUGUUUCUUUAGAGCGAAUAUGCUAUAUAUCACAUAUCACACUGAGAAGUGAGAAAAUUGUCACGAGCGCACACCCAAAGCUAUAUCACCCACACUGUGAGUGAUACUAUAGAUUUUUUGAUUUUAUUUCACGAACUUAACCCAAUAUUUCACUGUUUAUCAUAAAUAAAAUUAAUCACAAAAAGCACAAACUUCUUCUACAGAAGUUGUAUUUAUGUGAUAGUAUAUAUUAUACAUGUAUCUGCACUGAUUCUAUUUUUAGAUAUUGUAAUAAAGUAUUUAUCGGA